CCGAUAUACUAUCAGCUCAAGAAGAUGAAAAGAAGAGGAAAAGAAAGAAAGAAAUAAUAUAUCAGUACCAAAUCAAUAAAAUUAUAAACAUUAAGGAAAAAUGUACUAUGAAAAAACAUAGUACUAUAGUAAAAUUGUUGAUAUUUCUUAAUAAUGCAUCCAAUAGCCACCUGUUCUGAAUUUGUUGCUAUAUAAGUCCUCUCCCUUUAGUCUUUUUUUUAACAAACUCUAACUUUGCCUUUCAUUCUUUCAUUCUUUGUAACCAUAUAUUAAGUGAAAGAGAAAACAAAGUGCAGAGGAAAAACAUCUCUAAAUAUUUUUUACGUUCAUUUGUGCAAUUUUCACAAGAUUUUGAGUCUCGCGUGUCUGCCAUUUCACCACCAAGGCAUCUUAGAAAGAUACAAUCCUCCGCCUCAGGGCGUUAAAAAGAGCAUUUGCAUAGUUUACGAGUUCUUUUUAAAGCCGACGUGACUUAAAAAAGAGAUUAGCCGGCGAAAAAUUACACUGUAUAUAUCGUGAACGUUGGCUCAACAUGGAGCCGGCGAAUCUCAAUGGUUUGAGAGGGAGUAGUAUGAGAGGGAGUUUAAGGGCAAGUACAAGCAACUCAAUAUGGAGAAACAAUGGAGUUGAAGUAUUUUCACGUUCAGCUCGAGAUGAAGAUGAUGAAGAAGCUCUAAAAUGGGCUGCAUUAGAAAAAUUGCCAACUUUUGAUCGUCUGAGAAAAGGUUUAUUGUUUGGAUCAAAAGGUGGUGUAGCUGCUGAAGUUGAUAUAAAUGAUCUCGGAAUUCAAGAAAGAAAGACUUUACUUGAAAGACUUGUUAAAGUUGCUGAUGAAGAUAAUGAGAAGUUCUUGUUGAAACUCAAGAAAAGAAUUGAUAGAGUUGGGAUUGAUUUGCCAUCAAUAGAAGUGAGAUAUGAGCAUGUAAAUAUUGAGGCAGAUGCAUAUGUUGGAAGCAGGGCUUUGCCUACUUUUAUCAACUUCAUGACCAAUUUUGUUGAGGCAUUCUUGAAUUCUCUUCACAUCCUACGUAGUAAAAAAAGGCAAAUUACAAUUCUCAAAGAUGUAAGUGGUAUGAUUAAACCAUGUAGAAUGACACUGCUUUUGGGACCUCCAAGCUCUGGAAAGACUACUUUGUUAUUAGCUUUGGCUGGAAAACUUGAUUCUGCUCUAAAGGUUACUGGGAAAGUGACUUAUAAUGGACAUGAAUUACAUGAAUUUGUGCCACAAAGAACAGCUGUUUAUAUUAGCCAACAUGAUUUACAUAUUGGAGAAAUGACUGUGAGAGAAACUUUGGAAUUCUCUGCUAGAUGUCAAGGAGUUGGCUCCAGAUAUGAGAUGUUGGCUGAAUUGUCAAGAAGAGAGAAAACAGCUAAUAUCAAACCAGAUCCUGAUAUUGAUGUUUACAUGAAGGCUUCAGCAACAGAAGGACAGGAAGCCAACGUUGUUACAGAUUAUGUUCUUAAGAUUUUGGGACUGGAUAUCUGUGCUGAUACUAUGGUGGGAGAUGAAAUGAUAAGGGGUAUAUCAGGAGGACAAAAGAAACGUGUAACGACAGGCGAAAUGCUUGUUGGACCAGCAAAGGCACUUUUCAUGGAUGAAAUUUCAACUGGAUUGGACAGUUCAACUACUUUCUCUAUUGUCAAUUUUCUAAGACAAUCGGUGCAACUCUUGAAGGGAACUGCUGUGAUAUCUCUGUUACAACCAGCUCCCGAGACAUACAACUUGUUUGAUGACAUAAUUUUGUUAUCGGAUGGCUACAUUGUUUAUCAGGGCCCUCGAGAAGCCGUUCUUGAUUUCUUUGAAUCCAUGGGAUUCAAAUGCCCUGAAAGAAAAGGUGUGGCGGAUUUCUUGCAAGAGGUAACAUCAAAGAAGGAUCAACAGCAAUAUUGGGCCAAGAAGGAUGAGCCUUACAGGUUUAUCGCUUCAAAAGAAUUUGCCGAGGCAUAUCAGUCUUUCCAUGUUGGAAGGAAACUUGGCGAUGAGCUUGCAAUUCCAUAUGACAAGAGCAAAAUCCACCCUGCUGCUUUGUCUACUCAGAAAUAUGGUAUAGGGACAAAACAACUGUUGAAGGUCUGCGCUGAACGAGAAUAUCUACUAAUGAAGAGGAACUCAUUCGUUUACAUCUUCAAGCUCAGUCAGCUCGCGAUAAUGGCACUUAUAACAAUGACUGUCUUUUUCCGAACCAAGAUGCCUCGAGAUGAUAUGGAUGAUGGAGGGAUAUAUGCUGGUGCUCUCUUUUUCGUGGUCGUUAUGAUUAUGUUUAAUGGAAUGGCUGAGAUCGCUUUGACAAUUUUCAAGCUUCCGGUCUACUUCAAGCAUAGGGAUCUUCUCUUUUUCCGUUCAUGGGCUUAUACCCUUCCCACAUGGAUUCUCAAAAUCCCUGUAACAUUUGUAGAAGUUGGUCUUUGGACGUUCCUUACAUAUUAUGUCAUGGGAUUUGAUCCAAAUGUUUCAAGAUUGUUCAAACAAUUCUUGCUUCUCAUACUAGAACACCAGAUGGCAUCAGCAUUGUUCAGAUUCAUUGGAGCAGUUGGGAGAACAAUGGGAGUUGCUAGCACAUUUGGAGCAUUUGCUCUUCUUUUACAAUUUGCAUUGGGUGGUUUUAUCCUUGCAAGAGAGGAUGUGAAGAAAUGGUGGAUUUGGGGUUACUGGACCUCACCA